CUUUUUUCUUUCUUUCUCUCUUUCUUAUAAACAUCAGAUGAGAAGAAGACCUAUUGGAUUAGCUAAUGCACGCCAUAGAGAGAGGCUUGACAGAGAUUACCAACAAAUAGGAGACACGAUCGCUGCAAAAGAAUUACAGCAGCUUCAAAAUCAAAUGGAAACCUUUAAAAAGAACUUGCAAGAAUUUGCACAAAAGCAUCGCAAAGAUAUCCGAAAAGAUCCAACCUUUCGAGCUCACUUUCAAAAGAUGUGUGCUAAUAUUGGUGUUGACCCACUUGCCUCCAAUAAGGGCUUUUGGGCUGAUUUAUUAGGUGUUGGUGACUUUUACUAUGAGUUGGGUAUUCAAGUGAUCGAAGCAUGUAUUACCAGCAGACCAAACGAUGGUGGGUUAACUGAACUUGGUGAAAUCAUGAAAAGGGUUAAAGCGAUGCGAGGUGCGUCAUCAAAUAACAGCAAGAAAGGCAACACACAACAGCAGAUAACUGAAGACGACAUGAUUCGAGCCAUAAAGACAUUAAAGCCAUUAAACGGAGGAUAUGAGGUGUUACAGAUUGGAAAUAAAAAGCUUGUAAGAUCUGUACCCAAAGAAUUGGAUAAGGAUCAGUCAAUGUUAUUGCUUCUUGCUCAAAAGACAGGAUAUAUUACUUAUGAAAUGAUUCAAGUCGAACUGGGAUGGGGUCAAGAAAGAAUGGACACUGCUGUGAAUCGUUUGCUACAAGAUGAACUAGCCUGGAUAGAUAGCUAUGAAGGUGUAGAUACAUAUUGGAUACCAAGUUACUUCAUGUCUCAUAGCGUUGAAUAAUGCAAUAAAUAAUAUAUAUACGUAUAUAUAUAAUUUGUAUGUACAGAUAA